AAGAUAAAUAGUAUAGCAGCAGCCUCUGCAUUAUUAGAUCUCAACAUACGCAAAGAAAAAACGAAUAUCCUCAAAUACAACACAGUGAACAUCAACUGAAUCACACUUGAUGGAGAAACUCUGUAAAAUGGGAAAGCUUUCAUGUAUUUGGGAUGCAUCAUUGGUGAAAAAAGAGGAUCUGAUGCAGACGUAAAGGCGAGGAUCGGCAAAUCAAGAGCCGCAUUCCUGAAAUUGAACAAAUAUGGAACUCAAAUCAACUGUCUGUCAACUAAUAUCUAAUUCACAAUCCUCAAUACGAACAUCAGGAUAGUCCUACUGUACGGAGCUAAAACUUGGAGAAGUACCACAACCACUAUGAAAAAAGUACAAGUAUUUAUGAACAAUUCUUCACAUAAGAUACUGAAUAUUCGUUGUCUGGAUACCAUCAGUAACAGCCUUCUGUGGGAGAUGAUAAACGAGCUUACAGCUGAAAAGGAAAUUGGGAAAAAACGAUGAAAAGGAAGAAGACAUGCAUUAUGGAAUUCACUAAACUGUAUCACAAGGCAAGCCCUAACUUUGGAUCCUGAUGAGAAACGAAAAAGAGGAAGGUGAAAGAACACUCUACGUCGAGAAUUGGGAGCGGACAUGGAAAGGAUGAAUAGCGACUGGAAAGGAUUGUCCGGGACAGAAUUGGAUGGGGAAUGUUGGUGGGUAGCUUUUGCUCCUCAACGAGGGUUAAAAGACAUAAAAAAUCAAUUAUUAAUGAAUCAAUCAUUAUCUUUAACAAAAUUUACAAAUACUACUUAUUAUAAUAAAUUAAUAACAAAUGAAUUGAAUGAUUUAUGGAAAGAUAAUCUGACACCAGUUAUUGGUAGAGUAAUAUGGUGUAUAAAUGAAUCAAAACAAAAGUGGUUAUAUUUAAAUAAAUUUGACAAUCAAAAUAUUAAUAAUAAUAUUACUAAUAAAAAAAUUAUUUUAAUCAAUUCUGGAAAAUUCUAUUGUCCACAACCUAAUCAAUCCGAAGAUAUGAAAUAUUGUUGUGGACCAUUAGGGAAACAAAUAUGUUGUAAAAUAACAGAUACGCCAGGUUUAAGAUGGGGUAUACCACUUGGAGUAAUUGUCACGGUUAUAGUAUUUUUGACAGUUAGUUAUACAAUUCAAGUAUUUCGAGCUUGUGAUAGAUGUUAUCAUGAAUGUCCAAUAUUUACACCGAUACCAAAUGAUGCUGAAUUCCAGUGGGAUACUCGUUGGUAUACUGUAUCACAUGAAGGUAAUCGAUAUGGUGUAACAUUUCAUAGUCGAAUAUUUGCUAAUGAAUUUAUGAAAUGUUUAGAAGCUGAAUAUGGUCGAUGGAAUACAGCUAAUAUAUUAAAAAUACAAAGAGAUGGACAAAAUUUUGUUAUUUUAAAUAUAUUUUUUCAUGAUCUUUUUACACCAUGGUUUUAUACACAAGGACCUAUUAAAAAUGAUGAAGAAUGGAUUCGAACGGAUUUUAAAAAUAUUUGUCAUACAGUACAAGCUCGAUUGGCUGUGAACCCUCGAUUCAAAUGGAAUAAAUUUUCAAAAAAUCCAACAAAUAAAACACUAAAACAAAUAAAUCAAUUAUCAACCAACACAAAUAUAUCAAAUUUAGACAAGAAAAACAGUGAUCGUUUAUCAAAUCCUAAUACUGUUACAACACCAUGGACACCAUGGACUAAAGUAGCUUAUAUUCCAUCAUUAACUGAGACAUCAGUUAAAAAAAAUUUGACACGUAACUCAAAUAAAAGUAAAUAUAAAACGAAAAAUGAAUAUAAAACUAAUCAACUGGUCAAUGUAAUUAUAUUUGAAGAUAUUAUUGAAUGUAAUGGUUUAGAUAAAGGUGUGCAAACGCAUCAGAAACGAUUACAAACACAUAAAACAACAAUUGAUCCAGUUGUAUAGAUCAUAGAUAAUGUAAAUUGAUGCAGUGAAGAUUAUUGUAUGAUACUGGUUGAAUCAAUUACACAUACUUUAUACAGAACCAUUUUGUUAUUGUUCUAUUCUGCAAGAGUUUACAGUUGGUGAAUAUCCUGGAUAAAAAUGAUACGAUUAUCAUAUUUAUUUUGUUAAAAAACUAAUGUAAACCCAUUGAAGACUAUUCAGAAAUGCUGUAAUGGAACUUUCACUUUCCAUACAAAACUGUCAAUGACACCUAACAUGUUUAGUGAUUUUGUUGUGAUUUUAGAACCUCAUGUAUUUUUAAAUUGAAUGUAAUUUGUUACAAUCACUUGUGUUUUUG